AUGGCUAAACAUGAGCAACUCAUACCCUUCUAUGCCACUCUUCUUGACACUUGCUCUUCCUCAAAGCACUUGAAGAAUCUCAAACGAAUCCACGCUUGCACCAUUACCCUAGGCAUUUCAAGUCAUGACUUCAUUCGAAGCAAGCUUGUAUUUUCCUAUACUUCAUGUGCCCAAUUGCACCAAGCCAAUAUACUCUUCUCCUUCACCAAUCGCCGACCCACUUUUCUCUUCAACUCCCUCAUCAGAGCCUAUUCCUCUCUCAACUUGUUCUCCCAGUCCCUCUCCCUCUUCCGCCAAAUGCUUCUUGCCUAUAAACCCUUCGAUCGCCAUACCUUACCCGUUGUGCUCAAAUCUUGCGCUGGGUUACUGGCUCUACGGCUUGGUCAACAAGUCCAUGGAGCUGUUCUGGUUAAUGGGUUUGCAUUAGAUUUGGCGAAUUCGAAUGCUUUGAUAAACAUGUAUGCCAAGUGCGGCCAUUUAACUUGUGCACGCAAAGUGUUUGAUGGAAUGCGGCAAAAGAAUGAGGUUACUUGGUCAACGAUGAUCGCGGGUUAUGGAAUGCAUGGCAAGUUUGGAGAGGUUUUUGAACUGUUUGAUAGAAUGGUGGAGGCUGGAGUUAGGCCAGAUGGUGUGACUUUUACUGCAGUUUUGACAGCAUGUAGUCAUGGGGGUUUUAUAGAAAAGGGAAGGGAAUAUUUUGAGCUGAUGGAGGUGAGGUUUGGGGUGAAACCUGGGGUGCAACAUUAUACAUGUAUGGUGGACAUGUUGGGGAGGGUUGGCCUAGUUGAGGAAGCAGAGAUGUUAAUUUUGAGAAUGGAGUUUGAGCCCGAUGAAACUUUGCGAGGUGCCUUGUUGGGGGCCUGUAAAAUUCAUGGGAAGGUUGAGGUGGCUGAGAGAUUUGCAGAGAUGUUUUAUGGGAAGUAACUGAAUGUUGCAUCGUCAAUUUGAACUUAUUCUUCAUGGUAUUUG